CCACUGCCCGCGCUUUUUUUUUUUUCACGAAUCCAAAAGCAAAUGCAAGUUACGAAAAGUCGCCAAGAGCCAAAAGCGCAGUAAUGGCUCAGGCCGCGAGGCUCAGCCUGCGAAUGCAAAAGGAGCUCAAGCUCCUCCUCUCCGACCCCCCUCCCGGCGCGUCGUUCCCGCUUCUCUCCGCCGACUCUGACCUCUUCUCCCUGUCCUCCAUCGAUGCCCAGAUUGAAGGUCCCGAAGAGACUGUAUACGCCAAAGGGAUCUUUCAUAUUAAAAUUCAAAUACCCGAAAGGUACCCAUUUCAGCCUCCAAGUGUUACAUUUGCCACACCCAUCUACCACCCUAACAUCGACAAUGGAGGCCGAAUUUGCCUUGACAUUCUUAAUCUUCCCCCAAAGGGGGCGUGGCAACCAUCGUUAAACAUUUCAACUGUGCUUACAAGCAUAGGGUUGUUACUGAGUGAACCCAAUCCUGAUGAUGGCCUAAUGUGUGAAGCGAGUAGAGAGUACAAAUAUAACAGACAAGCUUUUGACCAAAAAGCUCGAUCAAUGACUGAGAAAUAUGCCAAGGCUGGCGCUGGUGGGAAUGCCUGUAGCAGUCAAAGCAAUCAAAUUCACUCAAAAACAACCACGAUGGAAGUUAACACAGCUGGCAGAGAGUCAAGGCAUGUAGUUGAUAAGAAUGUUGUAAGUCAUAAGAAAUGUGGAACUAGGUGGAAGUUGUCGCUGGAUUCCUCAGGCUUGACCCACAAAAGGGAUGGUGUUGGGGAAGUGAAUGAAGUGCCUAAUGACCACAUCUUACUUUCUAAUUGCAAGAAACAGAUGGAAAUUGAAGGAGCCAGAAAAGAAUCAAAAGGCAUGAAUGAUGAUUACAUUUGGAGUCAGGAUAAGCUAUGCGGAUCCAGGCGGAAAUUAUCACUAGAAACCUUUGAUCAAUUCGAGAAGGGAAAUGGCAAUGACAAGGCGAAUCUGGUUCCAAAUUGCGAUCUGUCAUCUAAAGCUCAGGAGUCUUCAAUGACUUCUUCAAGGUCAUCACUGCUGAAGGCUGGCAACCAUCACUAUGGAAAUCAAGAACAAGAUAGUAAAUCAAUAAAUGACAGCACAAAUAUGAUAUCAAACAAGCCGACUGUUGGCAAGAAGAAGCCGCUGGGAUCUUCAGAUGCAUGCCAGAUAAGUGAUGGCUGCAACGAGGAAAUGAUUGUGGACCCCUGUAAGUCCGAUUCCAAUGCAUCUCAUCAAGCCUCGCCAAUUCUUCCGGCGGUUAACAAUAUUGAACAGCCUCGUAAGGAUUUUAUGGAUAAAAUGGAAAAUGGCUACGGUGAUUUAAAUUGUAAGAGGUUCUGUACUGUUGGCAAGAAGCUUGCAUUGGGCUUCAGAGACUCCUCACAGGCACAGAAAAAGGAUGACAAGGAAAAUGUGGUUCCAGUUCACAAGACAACUCUUCCGCACCCGAAAAUCCCUUCUAUAGGUUCAUCUAUGUCGAAGGUGGGAGAGUGUUAUGAAAGGGAAUCAGAGAUUAGUGGUUUAGAUGUGAAUCGCCAGAAGUGCAGGAUUGGUCGAAAGCUGUCACUGGGUCGUCCGGCUCAAUUGCAACGGACCAAUGAUCACAAACAGCUGCUGUCACACUCUCAGAAACUCUCUGAAGAUCCAUCCAAAGCCCUGCAUAUAGAACAAGAUGGCAGGUGUGAUGACAAGCGGAAGUCGAAUUAUGAUGACAAGAUUAAGAUUGAUGAGAGAAUCAAGAGACAGAAAACAAAUGAAUCACCCAUAUCUGAAUCAGUAAUUGUCCUAGACAGUGAGGAUAGUGAGGAUGAAGAGAAUGUGUGUUUGAGGUCUAAAUCAUUGCUAGCACGAAAGCGCAUUGGGAAGUGGAGAGUUAAAGCUUGAAAGUUCUCACAGAAUCCAACUGAGCUGUUCUGUGUAAACUUUUUAUUAACCAACUCUAUACCCUUAAUUCUGUCUGGUAUGGUGCUUGAUAAACUAUGUAACUUCUGUUCUUUUCAAUUCUACAUCUUGUAGCAUUAAAGAGGUGAGAGCGUGUUCAAAU